AGAGGUGCAUUUAUAUAAAUACCAAUCACUGGCAAUGACUGCACAGACCCUGGAGACACUGCAGUAGGAGAGGCAGCAGUCAUAAUCUAAGAUGGCACUGAUGUUGUGGGCAUGCUGUGCAGCUCUCCUGGUGCUGACCUUGUGUAGCACUGCCCGGGCCUUCAUGCCCGUUGGUGAGGGUCCCUCUACCCACGUCACCAUCACGGGAAACGCUGUGCUCAGCAAGAUCACCGAGGUGUGCCAGGCUGUAGCCGAAUCUGAAGGCAGAGAGUUCAAACCUACAGGCUCGUCGGCAGAGGAGCUCUUGCGGGCGUGUUUGGGCUCAGCCACAGGAGAUGUGUCGGCAGCUCAGUUCCGCUCGGCCCUCAACCAGAUCUACAUGCAGAACGGCCUAGUGGACCGUGAUCUGGCCAACAGUCCCGCCCACCACGCCAACAAUGAGGCCUUCGUGCAGGCCCGCACGCUCAUCACAGAGGGCACGGUCAGUGUCAAGGCCAACGUCCGCACAGAGAACUUCCAGGCAGCCAGAGAGAUGCUGGGACGAGCCUGCCACACCUUACAGGACUUUUACAGCCAUAGUAACUGGGUGGAGCUGGGAAACAGAGAUCCCUACCCCCCCCUCCUCCAACCACACCUGCCCAUGGACAACAUCGCAGAUAUUGACACUCCUACAUGUAGCGACUGUGCCAGUGGAACAUGUCCAAACCCUCUCUUGCCUGACAUUCUGGCUCAGAAGAAACUGACCUCUGGGUACAUGGGCCUUCUGUCUGCUGACAAACCUAAAGGUAAGUGUAGUCAUGGAGGGGCAUCCGACCUGACCAGCACCCAGGUGCCCCGUGGAGGCAUCAGUAAGGAUGAGCGCCGGCCAGACAAUGCAGCCCUGCAUGACGCCACAGUCACCAUGGCAACACAGGCCACAAUGGAGCUCCUGGAGGACAUUCGAGGCGCCACGGGCAACAAGGACUUCCUGCGACUGAUGGGCAUUGCCCGCUCUGCUGUCCUCUGUUUCGUGAUUGAUACCACGGGGAGCAUGGCUGACGACAUCGCUGAGGCACAGAGUGUUGCCACUCAAAUCAUUGACAGCAAGAAGGGCACCGCAGACGAGCCCUCGGAAUACGUCCUUGUCCAGUUUAACGACCCCAAAUUUGGUCCUCUGGUCAGGACUGCUGACCCCGAGGUGAUGAAGGCAGAGAUCUCCGCUCUUACGGCUAAUGGUGGUGGGGACAUGCCAGAGAUGUGCCUCUCGGGACUUCAGCUGGCUCUGACUGGUGCACCUCCCUCUUCCCAAAUCUACGUUUUUACCGACGCUCCUGCCAAAGACAUGAGCCUGGAGAAGACCAUCAUCGCCCUGAUCCGCAGCACCAAAUCAACAGUGAACAUUUUCAUGACGGCGAAUCGUAAGGUCACACGUAGGAGCCUUGGUCCUGCACGCCUGCCCCGGGCUGAUUUCCGAGUGUACUAUGACCUGGCACUGGCCUCAGGUGGACAGGCCAUCGAGGUGACCAAGGCCAGCCUCCCCCAGGCCACGGAGAUCAUAGUGGACUCCACCACCUCUGCCCUGGUGACAAUUCUACAAAGAGCCAGAAACCCUGGUGCAGUGGAGACCUUUUCCUUCCUCCUGGAUGAGUCUGUUUCUAAUGUGACCCUGUACAUCACGGGGACUUCAACAGCUUUCACUCUGCGAAACCCCACAGGUGUGUCUCAGAGUUCCACACAGACAGCUGGACCCUUGGGAACAAUUCAGACUGUGGGCAAUCUGAAACGUGUCCGACUCAACACCCCGGAACAGACAGGAUUAUGGGAAAUCCACAUGAAGACUCGUGAAGCCUACACUGUCAAAGUAACCGGUCAGAGUGCCAUCACUUUUGUUUAUAAUUUUGUGGAGACAUUCGAAGGGCCUCACCCGGGGUAUGGAGUCAUUGAUGGACGCCCACAGGCAGGCUCGCCAACCAAACUGCUGCUGACGCUCACUGGCCCCCACGGUCCCGAGACCCUGAAAGUGCUGGAGGCUGCCCUGGUGGAGGUAUCUGGCUCAGGCCUGGCUGGAGGAACCGUGCAGGAGAUGGGCGGCGGUAACUUCCUGGUGUUCGUGAACAGCGCCCCUGCAGGCGAGUUCGUGGUUCUGCUUAAGGGAGAGGACACUUCCACCUCCAGCCAAUUCCAUAGGCAGUCCACCACACAGAUGUCUCUCACUCCAGUCUCAGUAAAGAUUGUAGUUGACACCAGUAUGGAGCCAGGGAAGGCUAUAAACAUACCUUUCAGCAUCACCAGCAGUGAGACAGGGACCACGUUCAACAUCCAGGCAACAAACGACAAGAACUUUGCCAUGAAAUACCCUUCAAGCAUUACCAGUGGGAGUAGCGUGGAGGCUAAAGGGACGCUAACCAUCACUGCUCCAUCCGGCAUCGCCUCAGGCACUGAUGUCACCCUGACCAUCAACGCAGAGUCCUCACGAACCCACGACUCCAACUACGCCGUAGUGCGGCUCUCUGUGAUGAAGAAGGUGACCGAUUUUACCCCUCCUGUGUGUAAUGUGGUUAAUGUCAACAACACCUGCGCAGACGACUGCAGCUCGGCCUCAUGGGACGUCUCGGUCGACAUCACUGACGGCAAUGGCACGGGCGUGGAGAGGGUCUGGGUCCAGCAGGGGGACAGUGAUCUGAUCAGUGAGAGCACAACAGGGCCAGGUGCGGGCGUGACUGUGAUCCAUCGGUUGUACCGCACCUCGUGCUGCACUCCAGACCUCAAGCUGUCCGUCACGGACAAGGAGGGCAAUGUCGGCUCCUGCUCCCACUCCAUCAAGCUGCCGACCACUACACCAGUUCCACCAACCACUACGGCAGCGACCACAAUGGCAGUUCCACCAACCACUACAACAGCAACCACAACGGCAGCGACCACUACGACAGCGACCACUACGACACCAACCACUACGACAGCGACCACUACGGCAGUUCCACCUACCACUACGACAGCGACCACUACGGCAGUGACCACUACCACACCCAGUGGCGGACCACCCUCCAUCAGUUUGGCAACACCUCUGUGGUUCUGCCUACUAUUGUCUGCCACUGCCAUAGUUCGAGAUUUACUCCCGGUCUCGCUGUAAGAUAUGUAUGCUAUGUAUGUAUAUAGUUGCUAACCAGUAGAACAAAGUUGUGCUUGUAACAUGUAAUCUGGUUUCUGUACGCACACCAUACUGCAAUUCUACAGUAUUCAUAAGCCUAUACUAAUUGUAGUGUUGUUGGAUUGGAAUUGUGAACUUUGCAUUUAAUACAUAGGCCUACUUGCUGUGAGGGGUAUAAUGCCUUAUUUCGGAUUGAAACCAUGCUUAAAUGAAAUGGCUUAAUAUGCCAGUGGUGGUAUUUGUGGUUGAUUACAUACUGUAGUAGCACAUCAUUUGGCUGAAACAAACCUGAACCACAGGAUAAGACUGCCCCCUCCUGGCCACCCUGUUAUGAAUGCCACCACUUACAGCAGCACUAAAGAAGCUCUUAGGGUACCCCUAGUUGAGAAGCACAUUAAUAAAUUAACUAAAUGUGUGUCAUUGCAACAAACUAUAAACAUAACAACAAUACAAUAAAGAUUGAAUGCACCAA